UGCAAAACCUAGUAGUUGUGUGUACAUGGCACAUAUGUAAUUAGAAGGCUUCAAGACUUUAACUUUAGCAAUUCUACUUGUCUGACAAAGUUUUUUUUGGCAGAGAUGUACAACAGCAGUUACACUCGGCCCAAAGUGGCGAUGAAGGCCCAGGACAUACGCAGGUCGAAGGGAAAAGGCUGCGGGUAUUAUCUGCGCAUCAUCUUCUUCUUCUCUUCCCUGAUACAGUCUCUGAUCAUCGUGAGUCUAGUGCUCUUCUUAGUGUAUGGACAGCCGGAAAAGAGCGCUGAUGAGAAAAGGGUGGCGGAGCUGGAGCAGAUUUUUAACAAGCUCUCAAUGGACAACACCAAUCUGAGGAAGGACAACGUCAACCUCAAUGCCACGCUUAAGAUCAAAAUAGAUGAGAAGGAUGCAGCUUAUAAAAAAGUGACAAAACUCACAGCAGACUUGGAUGCUGCCAAAGGAAAUAACACAAAACAUUUGCAAGCACUAGCUAUUUGCAAUUCAAAUAAGACGCCUCUGCUUCGGAGUAUAUCCCCAUGUCCACAAAGCGGUGCUUCAAGUGAACAAACAAGAUACUUACAGACUCUCUUGGAACAACAGAAGUCUCUGUAUGCAAUUGUCCAGGCCAAUUUCAGCCAAACGGUGCAAAACCUCAAGUUUAACUUAAACAAUGUGAUAAAAGAUAAAAAUAUGCACGAGAUGGCCAUGAUAACACUAAAAAAAGAGUCGGAGGACCUGUCUUCUGAGCUCAAACUUUACAAAAAAAAGUGUAAGGAGGACUUUGUCACGUUACUUCAGGGCAUACAGGUUGUCACGACCGCCUUCCUCACUAAGAUUGACAGCCUCUUCCCCAACAGCUUUACCUUCCACCUUACUUGUGCAAAUCAACAAGAACAAAUGCGGAAUAUCCAUGCAAACUGCACAAACCUUUCCCGGCAAGUAGAAGACAAGUUCCAGAACUACCUGAACAUGGUUGGCGAAAAAGUCUCAACCCUCCAGGCUGAGAGCAGCCGGCUGGAAGUUGAAAACACACGGCUAAAAUCUAAUGGUGAGAAGUGUGACAAGGAACACACUCAGGUAGCCGAGCAGUGCACAAAGACUCUUCAGGAGCAACAGCAAACACAUGACACCAAGGUGGAGCAAUUGCUGAAAGAUUAUAAAGAACUGCUCCAGGAAAAGCAGAUGCUUCAAGCUACAUGUCUACCAAAACCCCCUGUGCCAAAACCAAGUGGAAACGAAUGGCCUUUUGCACAGCAGAGACCGAAUUUCGCUGGAACGAACACUGGAUUCCAAAGCAAACCAAGCAACAGUCAACCACCAAAGGUCAGGUGAGCAGUGAGGAAUGAGAUGCAAGUGACAGACAGUAUAUGUCAUCUUCAGUCACGUCUCAGAAAAACGCCUCAAAAUGUGUAAUUUCAAGGCUCUAACUUUCAUGAGUUUAAGGUGAAUUGUAAAAGUAUUUGAUGGGUAGGCAUUUAUAAUACUGUGACAGUAUUAAUCAGCUGUACCUAUUCCAUUGUACAUGAUUGUAUUACCAGUUCUUAGUAGUUUGUACAUCAAAACAUGAUUUUUUUGUGUAAAAUGAUCAAUAAUAUUAUAUAUACAAUGUAUAAAAUAUCUCAGGGAAGUGUGAACAUAGCCAUGACUACAUUCAUUUUUUAAACCGACUGAAAUUAUCUUCACUGUGAACUUAGAGAAUGUUAAACACUAAGAAUGUUAAAUGAAUAGCAAUUUAUUUUUUGUAAAUCAAAAAUGACUGUUGUUAACAAUGCAAGAUUACCAUUUAGCCUUACAUAUCCUCUUGCAAAGGCUGGGGUAAAAGCAAUCUGAACAAGGUGUACUGUACAUUUCUUUUUUUUAUAUUAACAUUUUUGUAAUAUUUAAAUUUGCAUUUUCUAAUCAUUUAAUGCAUAUCACACUUAUUUUAUUAAAUCAUAAAAUAAU